CGUCUCCGGCUCAGCCCCGGCGGCCGGUUGCCCCUCUCGGCGCCAUGAGCUGGUUGGGGCUGCAGCGAGACCUGCGGGAGGCUGCCGCCUUGGAGCGGCGGCGGCAGAGGGAGCUGCAGCGGCAGAGCCGCAUCUUCAACGCGCGAGUCCGGACCAUAGGGGUUGAUAAAGAUGCAUUGGAUACCCAGGUCAAGGAAAGGAAAAUUCAAGAAGCAGCUGAAAAAGCACGAAAUGAAGAACUUGCUAAUGAAAUGAAGCAAAAUGACAAGAUCAUGUGUAUGUUAGAAGAACGACAGAAAAAUGAUAUCAGAAACGUAAAUAAGGCUAUCAGUGAAUUUCAGAAGAACUUUCAGAAGCCAGAAACAAGACGUGAAUUUGACCUGUCUGAUCCGCAAGCCCUAAAGAAGGAUAGACCUGCUCGACUUUCAGACAAUGAUCCUCGAUGUACUAUAUCUGGCUUGCAAAAGUUUAUGGGUGAAGACUUAAACUAUCAUCAGAGGAUGAAAUUUCAAAAGGAGCAGUUAAGAGAGUGGUCUCUUCAGCAACAGAGAGACUGGAAGAAUGCAUUAGCUGAUCAAAAAUUUGCAGAUGAUCUUUAUGACAAGAAUAGGAUUGAACUUGACCAAAAGACUAUAGAGCAACAACGAAAAGAAGAAGAAAGCAGGCGUGCUGUUUGUGCAGCUACUAAAGAUUUCAAUAGAACCCAGGCUGCUGAACUAGCUGACAGGAAGAGGUUGGAAAAGUGUCAAAAAACGAAAGAGGACAUGGAUGAAAUUUCCAGCCUCCUUCAAGGAGACUUACUUUCGGAAAACCCUGAACAAGCAGUCAGUUCCUUUGGUAGACAUCGUGUGAUCACAGAUCGAUGGAAGGGAAUGAAUCAGGAUCAGCUGAUGGCAAUCCGUUACUCUCAACAGCAACAAGUUCUGGAGAAGCUGAGACUAAAAGAGGAAGAACGCCAAAGAGAUGCUGAAUGGGACAGGCAAAGUAUACAGGCUGCAAGAGCUCACUUGGUUUUAGAACGGCAUCAACAACGACAGAAUCGGGAACGCCGCCGAGCUUUAGAUAACGUAAAUGCAGAGUUAUCUCAGGAGCAGAAAUCAAAGAACAUUUAUCUUAAAGAAGAAGCAUAUUCAAAUUUUCCAACAGGCCAGUAUUAUGCACAGUUUAAUACAACCAGCCGAUGACAUUCUGGACAAAUCAACCUGAAAUAUACAGAAGUAUAGAGACAUAUUAAAAUUUUUAAUUGAGUAAUCCCAUGUUUUUAUCUGGUCCCUACUCUGUUUAAGUAGUGCAUUCAAUCUAAAGGACAGCCUGCUAGGCCACAUCUGUUCUAAGAAGAGGAAAACUGUAAUAAUUUUUAAACUUGAUUGUUUUUCUAAAAAGUACUAGUAGAUUCAGUACUAGGUUGUUUGACUACAGUGUCUCAGGCUUAACUGUCAUAUUUACAUGACCCAUGCCUUUAGAAAUCACUUUCUGGAAAGGAAUCACAAUUUAAAAUAUAAUGCUACUUUAUGCAACUUGGUCAGAGGGGAAUGCUGCCUGACAUAGAUCACAAGUGACGCACUCUUAGCAGAUUCUGUGGGAGGGAAGAAAGAUGACCUAGGCAGAAAGUUUUGGUUUUGUUUGUUUGUGGUUUGGUUUUGUUUGGUUUUUUUUGUUCGUGUUUUUUUGGUUUUUUUUUUUUUAAAAAAGCAGCCAGACACAAAAGCAAGCACAGAGGAAGAAAUGGACAAGUUGGUCAGAAAUAUUGCUUUUAUUUCCUGAAUAGUGGGAAUAAGAAGAGAAGAUUUCAAUAUUUACCAAGGUAGUUAGAGCAUUGAAGCAUGACACAGAAAUGGAAUGUGUGUUACAGUUAAGUGGGGAAAAGUACUCCUACAUACACCAUCACUCAUUGGAAAUAAUGGAGAAAAUUUAAAGGCAGUGUGCCUCUAAAGGAGAGUGUAGGGAGAGUUUACAGAUGUGGUGGAAGAGGGGAGGAAAAAGCAGGCAUGCACCAAACAAAAUCAAGGAGAAAAAUCUCAGCUUGUGCAGGGUAAUACAGGGAAACAGUUUGCUUCCUGUCUUUAUGGUUACAGAAUUGACUUAGCAAUGGAAGAGCCAAUCAAUGAUAUUUGAAAAAUGGCCAAGUGAAACACACGGGAGGAAAAUAUGGAGAAGCAAUGUAAGAAACGAACUGCACAAGAGAAGUGGAUGAUGGGGAUAACCAGAAAAUUAAAUCCAGAAGGAAAAGAGAUAAUAUACAGAGGGCUGGAAGAAGGUUUAAAAGACUUAAUGAUCUAAAACAGAAGAAGGGAUGAAAGAGAUGAGAGAUUCAGCUAAACAUCCAAGACCUCUAAGAUUGUGAACCCUUAAUAAAAAUAGGGAGGCCAUUUAUGAGAAUAGAUCUUGAAAUAAGUAUGUGUAGCUUGCCAGAAUCUGGGAUGUAAACUUGGGGUAAAAACAUCCUUAUGUUAUUGGCAUGGAGUCCACUGACUGUUCUUUGUGUCAGGAUAAGUGAUAACUUUGAAUGCUGGUGAAACAGGUUAAAGAUGACUACACCAAGCUAAGUAGGAAAGACGUUUAAAGAAACUGAGGCUGAGGUAAACUCUAAUGAGUUACUCUCAUCUUUGUGAAUAUAAUGAAGAAUGCAUGCUUCUCAAGGUAGAUACUAUUAGGAGGAUUUUGAGAUGUUGAAGGAAGCAUUCCUUGAAAGGGGACUGUUCAAACAAGUCUGUUUGCUCAGCUGAAAUAGUGGCCCUGUGGGAUCAGGCUAUUAAUACUAAUUACCAUGUUGAACCAGGUAAUAACAACAGGAGUUUGCAAAAGACCAUCAUGUUAAUCCCUCUAGAUGGAAAGGAGGAAGGAAAUCAAGUAAGGAGAAUAUAAAAAUGGGUUAAAGAAGUGUCUUGGGACAGAAUAACCCAUAGCAAAAAGAUAUGUUCCAAUUUUAGUAUAAUAAUACAACUGGAACUAAUUGCAGUAUAGACAGAAACUAGGUAGAAAAGAAGUGUGGCUGGAAUACAGGAACUGAAGAAUGUGCUAUUCAGAAAAGUUGGAAGAUAAAGCUGAGAGGGGAUCACACUUGCACCAUUAAUGACGAGCCAGACCACAAAGAAGUAAGAAGGGAUGGUAUUCAAGAGAUUCUAAUGUGAUAGCAUUUGGAGAUCCAUUUAUUUGUCAGACUGGGAUUCACACAUGGCCGGAUGUCUUUGUAGUAUUACCAAAUACUGUAUUAAAUUGACAAUCCCAGGAGUGCAGGUACUUGUCUUAGAAUAGAAGGGCCAUCAAAUGGGGUGGGAGGAUAAAAUAAUAGGCUAUCUGUAGUAGUUUUCAUUUAACUGAAGUUGAUCUGUGUUGAAUGUGUCAGGCUCUGACUUUUUUUUUUUUUUUUUUCCCAACUAAAGUUUUAGUUACCUGAUGGAAAAAUGAAUAGACAGUGAUGAAAUGUUCAUGAAGUUGUCUUCAUUUGUCCAGCUUGUGUGAGUAUGUGUUUACAGGCUUUGACAGCUGUACAGUUUAACUAAAAUACGCUGGACCUAGUCAGAUGACAUUUGAGCUUCCUUAAGGAAGGACCUUAUGAUUAAAGCCUUUUUGUAUUUAUCUACUCACCUGCUUGAAAACUUUUUAUAUGAAGUUACAAAAAGGAUAGGUUUCUCAGUUAUACUACAAAUAAGCCUUUAGAUAGAAAUUCAAAUAAGAUGACUGACAAUUCAAUAAUUGGGUAGGAUCAGGCAUCAUUAAAUUCCCUGGAAAACUUUCAGCAUUAUCAAUUAUAUUUGCAAGAACAACCAUACUACAUUCUACCUGUUGUUUCAGAAUACAAAAUGUGUAAUUUAUUUUAGAUGUUAAAAAAGAAGCACAAUUAAGUCGUAGAGAACAUGCUUAAUGUAAAGCGAAAAAGGAUUAAUUGUCAUUGAUAUUUUAUACCAACUUAUUUUAUUUUGCACAGAAACAAGCCAUGUUUUCAGUAGGCAUAUCUUAGCUGAGUAGGUGAUAAUAAGGGGUUGAGGUGCAGGAACUUCUCAAACCUGUAUGGCUCUAUAACAAACAAGGUGUGGACUGGUAUCUACAGCUUUUGAAAUGUCACUCUCUUUGCUUUUACUGCUGAAUAUUGGAAUAAGUAGACAAGAUGUAUUAAAAGAGCGUUAACUGUUUGUAGGUGCUGUUUGAAAAUGUUUGUUGGUUUCCAUUACUGAGGUAAUCUUUUCUUUGUGACAUUUGUAGAUAUUUCUAAUAAAUAUGGCAGUGAAAAAGACAGCAUCUUGUGUACGAGGAUAUGGA